AGGAUAAGUCUCAUGGUGAUAUAGAGAAAAUAAAAAGUACAGUGAUGUGGUGCUUUGGGUACGUCGCCCUUUAUGGUCCACCAAGGUAGGAGGUUUUGCACUUCAUAUUUUCUUCUUUUACCCCCCCCCCCCCGAAAUUUCGGCAGAAACUAUAAACAUGGCCACGAAUUUCAAUACGUUGGAAUGUUUGUUGAUCUUAUGACACCAGAAAAAUGUCCAAACGCAGAUAUUACCAAAACCUCCCACAUGCAGUUGAUAAGGGAUUUAUUUUAUUUAUUAUAUACAUGACAAAAUUACUGCAAUCUGAUUGGUUAAGAUCAGUGCAAUUAAUGAUUAGUGAAUAGUACACUCUCUACGAGUGCAAUUAAUGAUUUUCGUGAUGGCUGGGGGGAGCGGGAAAUCAAAACAACAAAAUCCAAUAUGGCGGCGAAAUUUAAAUAAGUAUUUUUAACAAAUGUGGACGAAUUUAACUACAUUUUGGCACAAAGAUGAGUUUAAAAAACAUUGCAUGGCAAAAAGAGCCUGUGGAAAUACCUGGAAACAGUCUUAAGAAAUAAUAUCGGCGGGAUGCAGCGAAACGUGACUAUGUAAGUUUGUAAUACAAUUUAUCAAGAUUUUCUUACUCUAAAAUAUGUUGUUUGAGUUUGAAUCGUGUGUUCUAGUUUAAGUUAUGUGCCUUUAUGAGUUUACAAUAAUUUCCCAAGUUUGUUUAUACCAAAUUGCUUACAAAAGAAUUAAAAACUCUUGACAAAAUGCAGUUGAAUUUUAAAGAAAGCGAUUUUGUCAUGCAUAUAAUAAAUAAAUAAUCACACGGGCAAGUCGCGCAAUGUACUGUUUAAUAAACGAGUAGGAGUGUUUUAUCACAUAUAAAACACGACGCGUAGCGGAGUGUUUUAUAUGUGAUAAAACACGAACUACGAGUUUAUUAAACAGCUUCAAAAACGUCUCAGUUAGAUCACGGCAUUGGCGAAAUAAUUUUCCAAAAUAACUUUGUAUAUUAGCUGAGAAAUUUGAAGCGUGUUUUAUCACAAGUUGAAAUUUGAAGCGUGUUUUAUCACAUAUAAAGACACGGCACGCUUAUGAUUUCUCUUUGUGUUUUCCUCAUGAAUUAUCAAUGAGUUUUUGAAUAAUUUGCAAGUGAUGAACCAGGCGGGAAUCGUAAUCGUAUUAUAAAGAUUAAUGCCCAGCAUAUCGUACGUUAUGCUGGGCAUUAAUCUUUAUAAUACGAUUUUUGAAUAAUGAAUUAAGGCCAUUUUCCACUAGGCCGAAUUUUCCGCGCGAAGCGCAAAUUUUUCUUUGUCUUGUGAUUUCUCGGCUGGAACUAAUUAGAAAAGACAAAGAGAAAUUCCGGUCCGCGCGGAAAAUUCCGCCUUGUGGAAAACGGCCUUAACACUACUCGUGCUAUUUGAAGUAUGUGCCAAAUUGCACUCGCCUCGGCGGCUCGUGCAAUUUUGGCACAUUUUUCAAAUAUCACUCGUAGUGUUAAUCAUUAAUUGCACUCCUUCCCGUGUGAUUACCUAUAUUAACACAGCGAUUGUUUUAUUUUUAUUUUGUUUAGUCUUAUCGCAUCAAGAUUAGAAACCAGCAUUUACCGUAUAAUCAGUCCUCACCUAGCCCAGCCUAAGGUACGGAUAUCAAAGGCCAGCAAGGUCGUUACGGGAAAGUAAAGUUCACUUGGUCAGAUUCAAUGUUUUAGUGGUCUGGGCCCUGUUGUAUAGAAAAGUAAAGUUAAAGUUAACUAUAGUUCGUGCGAAAGUACAAUUGAACUGCGAAAUGGAUAGUUAAAAAUAGUUAAGACUAUAGUUUUGCAAUAUUUUGAUGCUGCAAAUGUACAGUAAGGAGUCAACGUUGUAGAGAGAUCGGUGGAAUGCUUCUUGAGAACAUUGUGGUUUUUGCAUGAUUUCUUUGCAGCACCCUUGCAUUUCCUACAUUCUGAUACAGCUUUAGCUGUACCUUCGGCUUCUUUGUGAUUAAAACACGACCCCAUCAGCUGUAUGCUGUAAAUAUCUAUCGUGUUAAAAUAAAUGCUAUUAUUAUUAUUAAAAGAAAGAAUAUUGUCUCAACGCACGAUUGCUUCCCAAAAUUCCUCCCCCGAGUCAGAUCUUGGUAAAUCAAUAUAUAAUUUGACCGGAUAAUGGCACCAAAAAGUUUUAUUUUUGCAUUUGAAAGAUCUUCUUACAGAUUUUUCAUAGCCUGCGUAGCAGGCGUUUAGUGCAGGUGGGAGAAGAGAGGGCGUCGUCCUCUCUACUAAACGCCUGCUACGCAGGCUAAUUUUUCACAGCUGGGCUGAUUAUUGAAAUAUUUUGACUGAAAGCAAUGAGCUUUAUGCAUAUUACGUCACAAGUGGGGUCACACAAGUUUUUUAUCUUGGCAGCCAGCGAACAAUAUGAACCCCAAAUUAUUUUUUGUUUCCUGUUUCAGAUUUCGAAUUGAAUAAAAACAUUUUAAACAACUUUUGAUUGUAACUUAGACGUAAUUUUAUAAGACUAACCCCACUCCUAACCUCAUCAAAACAAUUGUUAAUGAUGUUAAGAAUUAAUCCAAGAUGGCGGACAGCUCAUUGCUUUCAGUCAGAAUAUUUCAAGAGUUAAGCUUGAUAUUAAAAAUCUGUAACAAGAUUUUAGAGAUAAUUUUGCACGUUCUUUCAAGUGAGACAAUAAAUUUUUUGUAAGUAGGAUGUAUUUUCUAACCGAUUGCACUUUAUCAUUUUUAAGGAUCUUGGUGUGAAACAGAGUUUAAUUCAUUGUGUUGAACUGAUAGCCAAGGCUUGUCAUCCUAACCAUUUACAGCAAGCGCAGUUUACUUUCUCGAAACGGAAUGAACUGUUGAAGCAUAUGAUUGUAAGUAUCGCCCAGAGUUACGAAACUUGUUCAACAUUCCUCCUGGUAAAGUUUCGAGUUUUCAAACCUCGAAUAUAAAUUGCAAAAUAUAUAAAUUAGGUCAUUCUAAAUUGGCUUCUUAUUCCUACUGACUGGUAUUUAGCGUUGCUCAGCAGGUUGAUCGCAUUGCAACGAUCGCGAGGCGCAAUUCGUUGCAAAUUUUUACUCUUGAGGCAUGGAAAAGACGAUUAAAAUGUUUAAACAUCACAAAGUAUGGAACAGAGUUAGUGUGCUUUGUGUGGAACGAGUUGCGUAUCACAAUGUGAUGUUAGGUAUACAGUAUAUAUUAGCUAUUUUUUUAUUCAACUCCCAAAUUCUACCAGGAAUCAUUAACGACCUUCAGAUAUUUAAGGCAUAGCAAACAUGAAGAACUAGGGUUGGGCGAUAUUAAAAGAAAUCAUCUCACGAUUAUUGUCGAGGAAACUAUCACGAUAUUCGAUAAUAUCGCGAUAAAUCAAUAAAAACAAUGACCAGUAAGCUUAUAUAUAAUCUUAUUAAAAAACAAGUAAAACAACAAAUUAAAGUAAUAUGAAGGCUUUUUUCUAGUCUAAUAUUUACUGUUCAUAAACCUGAACUGUCUAUUGUGUGUCUACUGUGUCUCCACAGGCACAAAUGCUGUGGGUACACAGUGCAAGCGAGGCCUGCAAUUUCAUUGUUCAGCGGCUUACUAACUCACCAAGGCUUACUAACUUACCAAGCCUUACUCACUUACCAAGGAUUACUAGUUUACCAAGGAGUACUAGAUUACCAGUGAUAAGUAGGGAUUAUUAGGAUGUAUAAAAGUUAGAAUGGUAUAUUGCUGACCGUAACACCAAGAAUUAACCAAUAUAUCGUAUAUUCAGGAAAUAGUUUUAAUUAUAAUAAUAAUAAUAAUAAUAAUAAAACUUUAUUUAAUGAGGGAUUACACUGAUUACUUAAUAUAGUAUUCUUCCCAAUGGCCCUCGAUAUCUAAUAGUAAUAUAUAAAAAGAAAAUCCUAUUGAGAGUAACAUUGACAAUGAGUAAUAUGCUUACAAUCGAUGCAGCGGAAUUUAUUAACGUGAUCUACUUCAUAAUUCAAUUGAAUAAAGUAGGUUUUGAGCUUCUUUUUAUAGGAAUAAAUUGAAUGAUUUUCAAUAUCUUUUAAUUCGGAAGGUAGGGAAUUAAAUAAACUUGCACCACUGAAGGAAAUUUUGGAUUUUGCUUGCGUAGUCUUAACUGAUGGAACUUUUAAGUCUGUAAUAGACGAUCUAGUUGGAAUUGGAUGAGAGUCGCGAACAAAGACAAACAAUUUACGAAGAUCCGGCGGCCAAGAAAUUCUAUUAAAAACAAUUUUUUACAAUCUUUAUAAAAGCUAUAUACACAUGCGAAGCAAUAUCACGAUAGUCAACGAGCAUGACGAUAAUUUCGAUAUAUCGUCGCUCAAGUUUCUACCUUCGAUACGAUAAUCGCGAUUGAAAAUAUCGCGAUAAAUCAAAAUAUCGAAAUAUCGCCCAACCCUAUGAAGAAGACGUUUGGCUGUAAAUACUGUAGCAAGGCGUAUUGUGAAUGACCUUUACGAUGUUUUGCGAAUUGAAGCUAUGAAGUACACACUUUUUGUGACAAAUCUGAAACAAGUCGAGGAACAAAUUGUUAUCACCCUGUUACAAAGUUACAAGAUUGAUGGUGGCAACAGACUUGUUACAAGUUGUUCCAACAAUACUAAUACAGGCUGUCCGUAACAAGUUGCUACGAACUUGCUGUCACCAACUUGUUAUAACAAGACGAUUGAUCAGCCUUGCCGGAACAACUGGCUGCAAGACUGUUGGGCGCAUCAAUCUUGUUACAACUGAUUCCAGACUUGCCAACAACUGGAAACGAACAGUGCGAGCACGCCUUGUUGACGAGCUGUGCGAUUUUUGCGCGUGUACGUUGUAGAAUGUACACAUUUUCACAAACUUUUCAAUAUCUCAAUAUGAUAACCCGCCUUCCAAAGGGCAUUUCUUUCAAGUGGUCGUGCAUAAUAUAAGCGGGCCAUCUAGAACGCACGCGUAUGACUGGCUGUUUAAAUAUUUGUCAGUGUAGAAGGAUACAGUAUUAUUAAUAUUCACUGUUUUCGUAUUUCAUUCCUAAGAACUAUAUCAGCAAUGAGUCCUGGUCAACGUUGACAACAGAAACAAGAGGAAUUGCUAUCACCGCUUGUACGCAGUUAAUGUAUCCUUUCUAUUUAAACAAUCAUUGUAUCAUCAACAUUGUAUCAAUCAUUGUAUCAUCAUGA